UAGUGGAAGACGUGCAUUAUAAUUCAGAUUUUUUUUACCGUUCCAAGUUUUUAACUAAUUAAUUGGUUUAUUUAGGUCUAUUUAAAUUGAUUAUUUUUAUCGUUUAUUAGGCAGGUGAACACAGAAGAUAUUUAAAGUUGCAUAUCAUACAUUCCUCGAGCUAGAGAUGUUGAACCAGUGUCCGAUUAAUAAUUCGAAUUGAACAUUGUUAGUCUCAAUACUUUUUUUAUUCGUCAAAUACUUUUUAUAUGACCAUGUUUACACCCAAUUGGUGGAUGAAUGUCAUUACAGCAUGUACAAUAAUAGUUACGAUCGCCUAUUACUUCUGCGUGUCGACCUUUAAGAAAUGGGAAAAGCUCAACGUGCCUUACAUUAAACCGAUUCCGUUGUUCGGAAACUUUUUGAAUGUGGCUUUGGGAAAGGACCAUCCGCUGGAAUUUUACAACAAAAUCUAUCACAAGUUCGCCGGUCACAAAUACGCAGGAGUGUUCCAGAUGAGGACACCGUACUUGAUGGUUCGCGAUCCAGAAAUAAUCAAUGACGUGUUGAUAAAAAACUUCUCGUCUUUCCCCGAUCGUGGUAUUUACUCUGAUUUCGUGGCCGAACCGUUGUCGAACCACCUGUUGUUCAUGGAAAACCCUCAAUGGAAAAUAAUAAGAAACAAAUUGACGCCCGCUUUCACGUCGGGAAAGCUCAAGCUAAUGUACAAUCAGAUCAAAGAGUGUGGAGAUGAAUUGAUGAAAAACAUAGAUGUCGUUUUAAAUAAAAAUAGCGACGAAAUAGAAGUAAGGGACAUCAUAGGAAAAUAUUCGACCGACGUCAUCAGCACUUGCGCUUUUGGGCUCAAGUUGAACGCCAUAAACGAUGACGAAACCCCAUUUCGUAAGUAUGGCAAAUUAAUAUUCAAACCUUCACUAAGAAUCCUUAUCAGAGAAUUGUGUGUGAUGAUUACUCCUGCACUUUUGAAAGUCGUGAGACUGAAAAAAUUUCCAACGGCUGCAACUGACUUUUUUCACUCGGCGUUUAAUGAAACGAUGGCGUACAGACUUGAUAAUAAAAUAGUCAGAAAUGACUUUGUUCAUUAUUUAAUGCAAGCGAGAAAUGAUUUAGUUUUGAAUACAGAUUUACCUAAAAAUGAAAAAUUUGCUGAAUCACAAAUCGUAGCCAAUGCUUUUGUAAUGUUUGCUGCCGGUUUUGAAACAGUAUCCACUACUAUAAGUUAUUGUUUAUAUGAAUUAGCAUUAAAUAAAUCUAUUCAAGACAGAGUACGUGAAGAGAUUCAACUAAAACUGUUCAAAAAUGACGGACAAAUUAACCAUGAACUUUUGAUUGAUCUUAAUUACUUGGAUAUGGUUAUAGCAGAAACACUCCGUAAGUAUCCUCAAGUGAUUGCUUUGUUCAGAAAAGCAUCACAAUCAUAUCGAGUACCCAACGAUUCAUUAAUAAUUGAAAAGGGCCAAAAAAUAAUAAUUCCAAUUUAUGCAAUACAUCACAAUAGUCAGUAUUAUACGGACCCUGAAAAGUUUAUUCCUGAAAGAUUUUCGGCUGAAGAAAAAACAAAGCGGCCAAGUGGUAUUUAUCUUCCAUUUGGUGACGGACCUCGAAUGUGUAUAGCAAAACGUUUCGCAGAAAUAGAAAUGAAAUUGGCUUUUAUUGAAAUAUUGACCAAAUUUGAAGUAUUUCCAUGUGAAAAAACAGAAAUUCCUUUAAAAUAUUCUAAGAAGGCUUUGGGAAAUGACCAUCCGCUGGAUUUUUACAACAAAAUCUAUCACAAGUUCGCCGGUCACAAAUACGCAGGAGUGUUCCAGAUGAGGACACCGUACUUGAUGGUUCGCGAUCCAGAAAUAAUCAAUGACGUGUUGAUAAAAAACUUCUCGUCUUUCCCCGAUCGUGGCAUUUACUCUGAUUUCGUGAAACACUCCGUAAGUAUCCUCCAGUGGUUGCUUUGUUCAGAAAAGCAUCACAAUCAUCGAGUACCCAACGAUUCAUUAAUAAUUGAAAAGGGCCAAAAAAUAAUAAUUCCAAUUUAUGCAUUGCAUUACGAUAGUAAGUAUUACACGGACCCUGAAAAGUUUAUUCCUGAAAGAUUUUCGGCUGAAGAAAAAGCAAAGCGACCAAGUGGCAUUCAUCUUCCAUUUGGCGACGGUCCUCGAAUUUGUAUAGGAAAACGUUUCGCAGAAAUGGAAAUGAAAUUGGCUUUUGUUGAAAUAUUGACCAAAUUUGAAGUAUUUCCAUGUGAAAAAACAGAAAUUCCUCUAAAAUAUUCUAAUAAAGUUUUUACAUUGAUGCCAAAACAUGGAAUUUGGCUAAGAUUUAAAAGAAUUAACUGACAAAAGAUUAUAUUACAGUUAUGGCCAAAAAAAAAAACAUUAAUGUUUUAAUUUGACAAUUUUUUUUUAAACAUUUAACUAUAUAGGGAACUAUUUCACCUGAGAAAGUCGAACGAUUUUUAUUUUAUUUUUUGUAUUCAAGAAUAUACCACUAAAUGAAUCACUAAAUGUAUCACUAAAUCCUUUAUAUCAUAUUAUUAAAUAAGUGUGCGUCAAAUAAAAAUUUAAAUUACAUUUUACAUAUAUAUAAGUAUGCUGCUACCUAUGAAUUAUGUUUAUAAUGUUGUGAUUUAAGUACCUAGGUAUUUAUGUUUUUUAGUUUACAGUCUUAGUGAUUUAUAAAUAAUACCUACAUUAACAAGAGUCUUUGAAAUUUCCAUAAUGAUUAUUCAAAAUGUUUUUUUAUAAAUGUAUGCAUACCUAACCAUCUUUAGUUACCAGCUAUAUCUUUAUUAUAAGUGUUAACUAUCGUCUGGAAGUAUUUCAUAUAGUAAUACGUCAUAUUAUGUUGUAUAUAUUUAUUAAAAAACGUUGAUAAGCCAGUGAAGAUCAGGAAAUUGGUAUUGCAGUUGGUUUUAUAUAUUUUUUCAUACCAAAAGUAAGUUCAGUAUUUUGAAAUAACAAUGAUAUUUAUACAUCUAAGAACAGCACAUUAGAAUAUCACAUUUUCUAUAUUUCUCUAUUUUGAAAAUUGUAUAAUAUGAUAAUUUUUUAUUAUUCAAAACGCAUUACAGAAUCUGAAACUACAUAUGUUACUGUAUUCGAGGUUUAAAAGAAUAGUAUAAUAAUAAUAUUUACCGCGUUUUUAGACUCUGAGUGGCUAAGAAAUGUAUUAGUUCUACAGUGGGAAUGUAUAAUAACAAAGUAA